AAGCUCAUCGAGAAGGACUUAAGUAAGUAGUUCUUUAAUCAUCAAGCGAUGAACGUAAUACUGAUUGGAUUCUAGGAAGGCAGCCGUUCCUUCUGUAUCAGGUUAGCCAUGCAGACCGGAGCCUUCAUUACAUUCAGAUCGUGAAAGCAUUUGUACGCGGUACUGUAGGUCAUUCACUUCUGCUACGAACUGACAAUUGUGCACAUGUCGUUGCCUAUUAUUGUUGUGGAAUCUAUCUUCACAUAAUGGCUAUAGCUGGUCAUAUUUCAUUUACUCACUUCGAAGCCUUAACAUUGUUCGCCUUGACGAUACUGCCGGGAUAAUUGUCGACGAACCAUCAUUUAAAGCGGCCCAGUCAAAAUUGUUGGUCAGAAAGAUGGUUGCAUCCAGAUCCCUGCCAUCUCUACUCAUCCUGCCGGUGCUUGCCUUCCUCUCGCUGUCAGCGAGAGCCUCGCUUCGCCCUCUGACAUCGUCGGGCACUGCUACUCUCCAGCUCGGCGUUAAAAUCAGCUCAGCCGGAAUCAAGAAUGUCGCCGCCGCCGAUCGAGCGCGAGCCCAGGCCUUACUGCAAGAUAGCGGCAGCUCUUCCAUCAGUGCAACCAACGCUGUGGUGAUAUACACCGCUGAGGUUGGCGUAGGGAGUCCACCAGCGUACUACACGCUCCUGGUAGACACUGGAAGCUCGAAUACCUGGAUCGGGGCGAACAAGCCUUACGGGAAGACUAAUACGAGCCAAGAUACAGGCAAUUCAUUCUAUAUUGCAUACGGUAGCAGCAGCGAUUCGACUUCUGCUUCUGGAGAGGAAUACUUGGAUACUGUAACAUUCAGCCCCGACCUGGUCAUCGAAAAACAAUCUAUUGGUGUCGCGACUUCCACCAACAUGUCGGGUGACGGUCUGGACGGAAUCCUUGGCGUUGGACCGGUUGACUUAACGCAACGCACUAUCAGCAAUGGAAAAGAAGUACCGACUGUGGUUGACAACCUUUAUGCGCAAAAAAGAAUCGAUUCAGAAGUACUCGGGGUGUUCUUCUCACCUGUCUUCACUGGUGAUAUUGGUGGCGAGCUCACCUUCGGCGGUUAUGAUGCUUCCAAAAUUAUUGGAGACAUCAACUAUGUGCCUAUCACAUCAACAUCUCCAGCGAGUAGAUAUUGGGGCGUUGAUCAAUCUAUCAACUACGGGGCCACGUCGAUUUUGAAGAAGACAGCUGGUAUUGUUGACACAGGAACCACUUUUAUUCUCAUUGCCACUGAUGCCUUCAACAAAUAUCAGUCGGAGACGGGUGCAACCCUCGAUGCAACCACUGGCUUGCUAAAGGUCUCACUCGAGCAAUAUAACGAGCUUUCAUCCUUGUAUUUUGAAAUCGGCGGCGUGACUUAUGAGCUCACCCCAAAUGCGCAAAUCUGGCCUCGAUUGUUGAACAGCGCCAUAGGCGGUACCCCCGAUGGCAUCUACCUGGUUGUUAGCGACCUCGGGAGCAACUCUGGUUCUGGCUUCGAUUUCGUCAACGGUUACUGUUUCUUGGAGCGCUUUUACUCGGUAUUCGACACGACGAAUUCCAGAGUCGGGUUUGCCGAGACUGCGUAUACCAAUACCACGUCCAAUUAAUUGUGUGGUCCCUCGAAAGAUGAGGGUUUUACCCGUAUUGACAUAUGAUAUUAUAUAAAUAUCUCAAGUACUUUUGUUUUUGACCAUCCUUUCGCCAGUACUACGCAUCUUGCGUACGAGAACAGCAAAAUGAAGAGCAAAUUUCUGUUUGAGUUGGU